AUCGUUCCCGUAAUCACCCAGAUCGUCUUGCCAUCUCUUGGUAAUGUCUGCUUGACCCGCAUUACAACGAGCCCGCUACUGCGCACUGGACGCGACAUGGAAUUCUGCUCCUCUGCAUUUGGCCUCCCAGCGGCACUCUCCGUGGGGCAUCCGCCCCUUGGUCCUGCUUGGGAGGUGCCAUCAUCAUCAACAGUCAUCGUUCGGUCAACUAUAAAAGAACGCCACCCGCGCUCAGCAAUUCGUGGGCUCGGUGGCUGCGCCACGACGAUGACCACUAAUCCUUUCGUCUUCGCCACACAGGUGUGUAAGCAAUAUUCCCUGUUUUCUAAACGGACGAGCAAUUACUUUUUAGUUCAGCUACCGGGCCCACGGUGUUGUGUUGCUGUCGCUGUUGAAAUUGUUGAUGCAAUUCGAUGUUUACUGUUACUGGCUGGCGAUAUCGAAUCUAACCCUGGUCCUGAUACAUCUGCCGUAUUGUCUGAAUUGCGAAAACUAACUACCGGGCAGUCUCAGCUGAUUUCAGAGGUUAAGAACCUUAAAGACAAGCUAUUAACUACUGAACAAACAUUAACUGUCGUAAGCCAACGCCUAACCGACCUGGAACACCAUUACCAGAACCUUCUCUCAAUCAGGACCGACAUUGACAGCUUGAGGGCCGACUGUACGCAAACAGCUGGCUUAGUUUGCAACAUUGAAGCCCGACUGGAUGAAGCAGAAAAUCACUCGCGCCGAAACAACCUAAUUUUUUAUGGUGUUCCUGAAACAAACACAAAAGAAAGCUUCGCUCAGUCAGAGCAACUAAUUAUUGACAUCUGUCGCAACAACUUAGACGUCAAUGUAGAUCCUAAGGAAAUUGACCGUGCACACCGUCUAGGUAAAUUCAGCCAAAACCGACGCCGCCCUAUAAUAGUUAAGUUUACGUUUCACAAAACUAAAUCUGCAAUCCUCUCCUGUGGCCGUAAAUUCAAGGGAACAGACUACAGCGUGGGAGAGGAUUUUUCCACUGCAGUCCGUACUGCACGAAAACACCUUCUUGCUUUUGCUAAAUCUAAAGCAGUCCCAUAUUCCCUGAGGUACAAAACGCUCUUCAUCGGACCGCAGCGUUACAUUUUUGAUGCAUUAUCUGAAACGGUAAAGGAAUGUUCUGUCUAG